UAAAUUGUCAUUUGAAAUAAAUGGGUUUGUAGUUAUUUAAAAAUUUUCUAUUUGGCUAUGAUUUAAUUAUAUAAUUAUUUUUGUUUAUGGUAUGGGUAUGCAAAAUUUUUAUGAAAUAAAAAGAAGAAAAUAAAGAUGUUCCUCACAAUUCAAAACCUUCAAAAUGUAACAAAAUCAAACAGCUGGUUUUUGCUGAGCCUAUGAAACUUUUAUCUGGAAGUUGAAGGUACUCGUUAUGAGCUGUUAGUGUUAUAUAUUUUGGAGGUAGGAAUCUCCGAAAAAAGCCAAAUUGGAAAAAGGCUGUAAAGAACGUAGUAAAAGGGUGUUGAGAGCCUUGCGUUGCGCCUCUAUCGACUGGUUGACAGAGGACUGAGCUGGACCGAAUUCCAAUUCAUAUUCCACAACUUAGGGUCUUCAAGGAGACUGCGCAACCAUAACCUCAAUAUUUAAUUUUAAUUAAAUGGACACUGACCUUAUCCGUUAUAUAUAUAUAUUCAUAUAUAGGUACAUAUUCCAUCCUUUGUUGAUAAGUCUAAUAUAAGCAAUUCAUAGAGGCUUUCACUCCUCAACUGUCUCCUCAAAACUGGCUUCGGCCGCCCUCAGUUUAUUCACAUUAUUAUUAAUUGAAUUCUGUAAACCUAUAUUUAUCCUUAUGGUCAAGCAAUAUUUUUGUAUUUGUUUUCAUACCAAUACUUGUCAAAACAGUUUUACCCAAUUCCGGUCGUUAGGGCGGUUUUGACGGUUUGAGAGGGCAGGACAGGACGCCGUUAUCCUUCUGGAAUCCAGCCUAAGGUGCACGUCAUCAUUCAUCUACGCCCUUCCACUGAAGGGCGGGCGGCUUCCCGGCUGCUUCCUCCUCCUCCUGGCUUGACGGCACCGCUUGCGUAUCGUUUCCAAGUCGCCUCGUCCCCAUCCCCUCCCCCCCUUCUCUUGUCUUCCCUUUCAACUUCCCCCCCAUACUUUUAUCUAAUUACGAAACUCCCUCGCAGCUUCCUCCAUUUCCACCAUCCCCCGGUCGGCAUGUCCACCUCCGCGUUUGGAACGCGGAAUCCCCACCCUAUAUAAACCAAAUCAGCCAGUCUCUCGUUAUCCAUUCCUUAAUUUCCACUUCAAUCUCUCCACCUAUACAUACAUAUAUACAUCUAUCUAUACAUAAACCCAAAAAUUAUUCUCUUAUAUAGAGGUCUUUCCCUUUUGAUUAAUUUCUUGUCUUCUUCUUAUAUGCCCAUAUAUAUCCCGAUUCUUGUCGUUUUCUGGUAGUAUUUAUAUAUACCCUCUAUUGUUUUUGACUCGAUUAACCUUUGAAUCUUCUUCAUCUUCUAUAUAUAUAUAUAUAUAUAUACACAUACAAGAGUGAAUUCAUUGGCGAUGGGAAUUGAUGAUGAGCGGAGCUCAAUGGAAAAGGGCGGGGAGUACGAGCGUGUGUUCAAGCGCUUCGACGAGAACGGGGACGGGAAGAUAUCGGCGGCGGAGCUGCGACAGUGCGUGGCGACGCUGGGGGUGGAGCUGACGGAGGCGGACGCGGAGGAGGCGGUGGCGGCGAUGGACGCGGACGGCGACGGGGAGCUGGGGAUGAAGGACUUCCUGAAGUUGAUGGAAGGGGGAGAGGAGGAGGAGAAGGCCAAGGACCUUCGAGAAGCUUUCAGAAUGUACGAGGAAAUGGGUGGGAGCGGCUGCAUUACUGCGAAGAGCUUGAGGAGGACGCUCCGUCGGCUCGGGGAGAAGAAGAGCAUCGAGGAGUGUAGGCUCAUGAUCUCCUGCUUCGACAUCAAUGGCGACGGCGUCCUUAGUUUUGAGGAGUUUAGGGCUAUGAUGUCUUGAAUUAUGGCGUUCGGUACGCGCAACGGUCGGAUCUCUCAUACAUAUAAGGAGUCAAACGGUGGGCGGUGGCCGUACUACUUGUUUGCCGUAAUUUCUAUUUUUGGUUUCUAUUUGUAAAGGCAUUCUUUUAAUACAAAAUAAAAGUCCAUUCUUUCAAA